CACACACACACACACACACACACACACACACACGGGAGAGAGUGUGUGGAGAGAGCGAGCUGGAGAAAGAGAGAGAGCGAGAGAGGCAACCGUCUCCCGUUUUGCUACACGAGGAGUCGCUCGGAGCCUCCGCUGACAGACAGCAGAUCUGCCGCCUCACCGACUGCGACACCUGAACGAUCAGCGAACAGCACCGACACCAAACCAAUGAAGGAGAGCCCGCUGAAGACGAGAGGAAGGACCGGGGGCUUUUCUACAACAUAAAGAAGAAGACAAGAAGCAGAGGAGGAGGAGAAGCGGCACCAGGCGGCAGUCAGACCGGCUAUAACGGGGUAGAAAUCACCGCCACGACCGUCACAUCACAUCCCAGCUCUGAGAUGACAAAGUCCCAGUGAAGCAGUGAGAGAUGUCGCAGAAGAAGCUAUUCCUGGUCUUCAUCGCCAUCAGUACUGUCAGUCUUCUGCUGCACCAUGGGGGCCACUUCAGCUGGACCAUGGAGGCCUUCCACCUCGGUUGUCCUGCUCCCCGCUCUCAUCCUGCCCCUGGCCUGAAACCCAAACACACCAACGUGGUCUUCCUCAAGACCCACAAAACAGCCAGCAGCACGAUGCAGAACCUGCUGUUCCGCUUUGCAGAGCGCAACAAUCUGACGGUGGCGUUGCCCGUACAGGCCUGCGGUCACCAGUUCUGCUACCCACGGUCCUUCACCUCUCACUUCGUCCAUCCACGCACGCUACCACCAAACAUCAUUACCAACCACAUGCGUUUCAGUAAGGCCGAGGUGCAACGCCUGAUGCCAAACGAUACGAUAUAUGUAACAAUCCUGAGAGAGCCUAGCUCUAUGUUUGAAUCUUUGUUUACGUACUACAAUCAGUACUGUCAGAGCUUCAAGAGGGUCCCUAAUGGCAGCCUGGAAGCUUUCUUGGAGGAGCCCUUGCGUUACUACAGACGAGAUGAGAAGGACUCCAUGUAUGCACGCAACACCUUGACCUUCGACUUGGGAGGAGACAAAGAUCGCCCAGCCGAAGAUGUGGCGUACGCACGAGCCUUUGUGGCAGAGGUGGAUAGAGUGUUCUCAUUGGUGAUGAUUGCUGAGCAUUUUGAUGAAUCACUGGUUCUUCUCCGCCAUCUCCUCUCCUGGGAUCUGGAUGACAUUCUAUAUGUAAAGCUCAACAUGCGGACAUCAAGUUCCAAGCGAAGCCUCACUCCUGGUCUCCCUGCAAAGAUCCGUGCCUGGAAUUCAUUAGAUGCACGCCUCUAUGACCACUUUAAUGCCUCAUUGUGGCGGCACCUGUCAGUCCUGGGUCCAGCCUGUGUGGCAAGGGAGGUGCGGCUCCUUCGGCAAGCCCAAGAGAGACUGAUGAGAAGUUGUUUUGGUGGGCAAAUGCCACUUCUCCGUUCAGCUGCCCAGAUUAAAAACAAGGAUCUCCGCCCCUGGCAGCCCAGUGGAAAAGUUGACAUAGUGGGCUAUGACCUCCCAGUAAAUCUCAGCCGUGGGUUCUCGUCCCAGUCCCAGGAGCUCUGCCUGAAGCUCAUCAUGCCGGAACUCCAGUACACAAGGGUGCUCCUGCGUUCCCAGUCAGUGCGCUACCGUCGAAGUUAUCAGCUUCGGCCUCCGCAGCAGUCGCAUUCCCUCCAGCAGCCCAUACGCACAGUCAUGCCUCGCCAUCCUCAAGUCCACCGCAGUCAACCAACACCUCCUGCUGCUCCAGGCCCUGCCUCAGGAACAAGGUCCAACUCCACCUCAAAGCCUGCUGCAGGAAUUCAAGGUCGGACCACAAAGUUAGGGCCUAAACCCUCACAGACCCAGGCUUCAUAGACUGGGAAACAGAGACUUGAAUUAAUCCGAGUGCCCAAAAGACUGCAUUGUUUCACUCAUCAUGACCCAUGACACAAUCAUGCUUUUUUGGUAACAAAGGCAUCCUUGGGAAAAUGUCUGAGUUGUUCUUGUGUCAGUGUCUCUCCUGUUCUUUCCACACGGUGUUUGGGCUAAAAAUAAAUGAGGAAGAGGGUUAGACAUAUCAGGACUCGAGCUUGAAAUUCUCCUAUCUCUGGUCUGUGAAACAGUACCAUGGUUGGUAGACACAAAUGCGGGAGACACACUGGGACUGAGACUAAACUGGGACUUGCUUCAACUGCAGUGGAUGGAUGAGGGUUUUAGGUAUAAGUGGCUCUUUGAAGCAAAUCUGUUAUGUGCAACAGGGACUCAAUAGGGAAGUGGCGAUAUCAGGCCUAUUGUGAGGCACAGACUGUGCUUUGUGUGUAUCACACUGGUAUAGUAUCAUCUUACUUGCUUUUAUUCUCCGUUUCUCAAGCUUUCUUUCGCUCUCUCUCCCUAACAUAUGCCACUACUUGAGAGAGACAUAACGAUAUAAAGGGAUCGGCUGUCAGCCUUCCAAAGAGCCUCCUAAGAGGCCAGACAGACCAUUAAUACAACAGCACAAAAACAAAUCUUCUUCUCUUACAAACUCUAGGACCUAAAGCAACAGAGGGAGAGGGGAUAAAAAGCCAGACAGACAAAGUGAGAGACCUUAUCCAGAAGGCAAGCCUAAAAACUGCUGUAAUUCUCCAUUUUGCCACCCAUUAUUGCUGUGACUCACACAGAGACCAAACAUACAUAUAAAUCCUGUGUCUCUCAAACCUUGCUUCCUUCUGGUACUCUUCUCUCCAUUGUCCACUUUCAUCCCUGUCGUUACCUUCUGACCAGGCUCUCCAUCAAGAGUGAAGCACUGACAUCUCGCUUUGCUUCACCUCAGUCUCCCUCAGACCACCCGCUGACAUCACAUCUUGCACUGUAGAGACUGUAUGUUCGUUUAGGGGGUUGUAUUUUUAAGCUUGGGCGUUAUUGCAAUAAGAUCUCCAGGCCUACAUCCUAUAUGAAAGGCGUGGAUUUAAUAACCUACCAGCAACCCCAUACCACACACACAAUGGCACAAACAAAAACAUAAAGCAGCUUGACAGGACAAAGACUUGAAGCCUGUGGGUUGCAGUGUUUGAAUAUUUAAUCGUCGCCUCUCGCAGCCUUCCUAUGGCCCACACUCGAGGGUUACAUGGCUGUACAUUUUCAUUAAGGACAUGCUCGACCAGGUGAAAGCUGCUCAUUUUGAAAACUGAAGCACAAGAGGACCAAGCGCGAGCAUUGACAUAAGAUGCUUAAAGCCUUGUAAGGCUGGAAGGCCGGCUGGGAACCUAAAUGUCAAUACCUAUCUCAGCUGUGCUCCAUUUUUAAUGCAUUCUGCUCAUAUUUAAUGUGUCGUUUAUGUUCUUUUAUUCCUCCACUGAUCAACGGGGUACUGAUAAGCAACUGGAGGGCAGAGGAAUGAUGGCUGUGUGCAUUUGUGAGACUGUAUGAGAGUAUGUGUGUGUGUGUCAGGAAGUGGUUCUCUCUGCUUGUACUUUUUUCUAUGGCCAGCCACGUUGGCAUGGCAACAAAAGGAAAUAUUGUGUGUGAGAUUUAUUAAGACAAUGUAUUAUUUAUUAUUGGGACUUACUGUAUUUUAACCAUUAUUUUUCAUGAAUCACUGGAUAAAACUGUAUAUCCAUGAAGUUACUGAACGAUCAUAUGGGCAACAUACCACUUUAGACAGCACAGAUGGAACAAGGCAUGUGGCAACAGUAUAAAAUAUUUAUUCUUUACAUGUUUUACAUAAUGCAAAACUGCAAAGACCACUUCUCAAAACCGCACAUGAAACAAGUGUAGUCGCCUUAAAAUUAAUCUUGCAUUCAGCAGCGCUAAAGUGCUCAACCACACUAUGCUUUUGUGGUUGGGGUCUGUCAUACUACAGGCUACUGUAAUAAAAAAAAUCCACGCAAACCGCUGUUGCUCUGUCCAGAAUUAAAAGUAGAGCGGUUUGGAAACAGACAUCAGGAGAGGAUACACAGUUUUUUUUUUGAAGUGGCUGUGAAUUUCAGAAUUAAAAAUGUGCUUAUCUGAACAUACCGGGGAACCUCAGCCUUUAAAGCAUGAGAUGCACAGCAAUUCUUAUUUAUUUACAGACAUUUGAAAUAUGUUCAGAUACGUGCAAUAUUACUUCAAGGUAUACACACUGUAAACAUGGGUUAAAGUGGAUAAGACGGAGGCUUUUGUAUAUUUCUUUUAUUGUUAACUAAUCCCAUGAAAAGACCAAAACCAACAACAUGUAAAUCCCUCCAACUUUGUUGUUCCUGUCCUAGCCUGUCUGCGGCACUCAAUGCAUUAGUUACUACAUCCCAAAAGAGCUCACACAUUUAGCUGGGCAGCAGAGCGAGGUAAUGAAUUUCCAAUGCUUUAUGGACAACAACAGACACAAAUAAGGCUGUGACUACACAGAUGUUACACUGUCGGAUCAAUUUAUUGUUGGUUUUGGUCUUUUCGUGGGAUUUGUUGACAGUAAAAGAACUCUAGAAUAUCACCAGCCUCAUCUUUCAAAGCAGCUAGCAGAUUUAAAGGGUUCUCAGCUAUAUUUUAAUUCUUUUUCAUUCCACUGUUGUGUGUAAAAAUAAACACCAGUUGGCUCUGAAAGAAACUAUGAACCUAUUUAAGAUAAGAGAAAAACACUGAAUAUGUCUGUCAGAAACUACUUAAGCAUUUUCUAGAGACCCAAAGUGUUCAAUAAAUAAUCAUGUGCAUUGAAACAAACUGAAUAUACAACAUGCCUACUUUAACAAUAACAGAGUGAGUUUUUUUUUUUAAAAAUUCAAACCAACUUUUUACUUCACUUAAUGACGACAAAUGUAAAAUGGCAAAUGUAUCUGGCUGUUCUGUGGGUGAUUGUGAUUUCUGGAAAAGGGACAUGUUGGAAUUAAAAAUGUUGGAAUGAAGUUAAAAUAACUGCCAAAAACUGGAUUAUUUCACUAUUUUUUGGUUAUGUUACAGGCUUUUCUUAUAUGAUCAUUUUUUCUGCAAAUAACUGACAUUUUGAAGACUAUGACUCUCCAUACCUCCAAAGACUUCCAUGAAAAAUUGAAGUUCAGGUGCUGUCAGUCAUUGCAUAAAGGGUAUAAUAAUCUCCAAUGCAUACCUGUAUUAAAUCCAACUUUCUGACAUCUUUGAAUUUUUCAUUUUGAGCAAAAUAAAGGUAAAGAAAAAAAUAUAAUUAAAGUAGGUUUUAACAGCUACUUUUCCUCCAAUGCCUGUGUCUGAGUGGGAUCCAGAAAAAGAAUAUGUCUGUUUUAUUUCAGAAGUUCAUUUCUGAUCCAUUUCUGCCUGGCUGUGAGUCGCUGUAAGUGCUCUUUUGAUUGUACGAGUCAUUCACCCGGCUGUUCUGCUUCUUGCGAGAGUGUUUCAGUAAUGGUCAUGCUGUCAUGUCUAAAGUGUUGGCUAUUCUUCUGAAAAUGCCAAAGGGGCUUUAAAAACGGUACACUAAAAUCUCAUCAUCUUUGCAUUAGCUGCUCUUUAUUCUCUUGUUGGAGUGACAUGCAAAGCCGCUGCUGUUGAUUUUAUUUUGUUUUUUUGUUUGUUUCAUGACAAUAAGAAUCUCUUGUGGUGUCGGAGCCUUUUUGGGCUUUCUGAUGAGCCUUUACAUCACAGAAAAAUGGAAACGGCUUAUUGCUAUUGGGUAAAAUGAGUCUCUGACCUGCUGUCCUUCAUUGUCUCUUUGAUCUGCUCAUCAUUUACUUCCAUUUUCUGUUUAUGGAUUUAUCUGUGAAAGGGGAAGAAUGAGAACUUUUUAUUCAUUUUUGUGAUCGAGUGGAAGAGUUUUUUUGGGUGACGGAGCUCUGAACAAAUGGCUAGCGACAAUCAGAGCUAGGGGCCCCAAAGCUUUGUAAUUACUGAUGGGAAACAUGACGAAUAAAGUGUGAAUGGUUUCAAUUCA